AUGUUUGGGAGGACGAGUGCGUUUGUCUGCCGCAGCUGCCAGCGUGCUCAACGCGAUGUCCUGGUUCCACGACGAAAGGGCGUUGAAAAUGGCCUUCGAAGAUACGCCACGGCGAACACGCGACAGCAUCCUCUGCAGCUAGCCAUCAUUGGAUCUGGACCGGCAGGAUUCUAUUCGGCAUAUAGGUUGCUGAAGGCAUUGCCCGAUGCGCGCGUGGAUAUGUAUGAGGGCCUGCCCUCUCCCUAUGGCCUAGUUCGAUUCGGCAUUGCUCCUGAUCACCCAGAAGCCAAAAAGUGUUCAGAAACCUUAGUUGAUGUCGCGAAGUAUCCUGGCUUCAACUACAUUGGCAACGUUCCUAUAGGCGAUGAAGACAGGCAACUCCCACUCACCUCGAUCGCUCCACACUAUGAUGGAAUCCUCUUCGCGUACGGCGCGUCAAAAGACAAGAGACUGGGAAUACCGGGUGAGGAUCUAAAGGGCGUGCACUCUGCGAGAGCAUUCGUCGGCUGGUAUAAUGGCCUGCCAGAAUACGCAGACCUGAACCCCGAGUUAGACGUUGGAGAUACCGCUGUAGUCAUUGGACAAGGCAAUGUCGCAUUGGAUGUGGCCCGCAUACUUUUCAUGCCGCUGGAAGAAUUGCGAAAGACGGAUAUCUCUGAGCACGCGUUGGAGGCGCUGAGCAAAAGCAGGAUCAAAGACGUGAAGAUCAUCGGGAGAAGGGGUCCACUACAAGCGCCGUACACGAUCAAGGAACUCCGAGAAUUGUUGACUCUACCCGGACUAGGAUUUGUGCCGCCGCCUGAAGGAUGGGACGCUUUGCUCCAAGUCGAGACGAAAAAGCUUCCACGCCAACUAAAGCGAAUCGCCGAGCUUCUGCUGAAAGGCUCCAAAACACCAAUCGAGCAAGCAAAGAACGCCUGGCAGCUGGGUUACCUACGAUCGCCCCUUGAAUUCCUGUCGUCGGACUCGACCUCUCUUGCAGCCAUCGGCUUCGAACAGCAAGAGUAUGUAACCCCAAUGAUGGAGCUACUCACCGGUGAGCCUCAGACGGACCUCAACACCCUACGUGCAGCCAAAGUCAAAGGGACAGGCCGAAAAGGAAAGGUCAGUGCUAGCUUAGCAUUCCGCUCCAUAGGGUAUGAAUCGACGGCCCUACCAGGGUUUGAGAAGCUCGGUGUACCUUUCGACACGAAGAAGGGCAUCAUUCCGAAUGACCGCUGGGGACGCGUCCUCUCACCGGAUCGCGGCCCAGGCGCCGAUCUGACAGCGGGCCAUGUUCCCGGUAUGUACUGCGCCGGCUGGGUGAAGCGAGGACCGACCGGCGUCAUAGCGAGCACACUGGACGACGCCUUUACUACCGCAGAUGUCAUCGUGAAUGACUGGAACAAGAACGUCAAGUUCCUCGGCGACGAACAAGAAGGACCUUCAGAGAAACGUGGGUGGGAAGAAGUCAAGAAGGAGGCCGAGCAGAGAGGACUUCGAAGGGUGAGCUGGCAGGAUUGGGAGAAGAUCGACGCCGAGGAGGUCCGGAGAGGCAAAGAGAAGGGCAAGGAGAGGGAGAAGUGUAGGAGUGUUGAGGAGAUGUUGAGGAUCCUGGACGGUUAA